UCAGAGAGCCCUCCGUACUAAACGUCUUGGAUUUAGAUCUGAACACACAGCUUGGAAAUAUGUCUUCUUCCAACUCAGACCAGCGCCUGGAGCAUCUCCUGAGCGCCGUGGAGAGCGAGUUCCAAAAGGGCAGCGAGAAGGGAGACGCAUCCGAGCGGGAUAUUAAACUGACGCUGGACGACGCUGACUUAUGGAACAAGUUCAAAGAAUUGACCAACGAGAUGAUUGUCACCAAAACUGGAAGGAGGAUGUUCCCCGUGCUCAGGGCCAGUGUCAGCGGCCUGGACCCCAACGCCAUGUACUCAGUGCUGCUGGAUUUCGUGGCCGCAGACAACAACCGGUGGAAAUACGUGAACGGAGAGUGGGUCCCCGGUGGCAAACCGGAGCCGCAGAGCCCAAGCUGCGUCUACAUCCACCCGGACUCUCCAAACUUCGGAGCGCACUGGAUGAAAGCGCCCGUCUCCUUCAGUAAAGUCAAACUCUCCAACAAACUCAACGGAGGCGGACAGAUCAUGCUGAAUUCUCUGCACAAAUAUGAGCCAAGGAUACACAUCGUGAAAGUGGGAGGCAUCCAGAAGAUGAUCAGCAGCCAGUCUUUCCCUGAAACUCAGUUCAUCGCUGUCACUGCUUACCAGAACGAAGAGAUCACUGCUCUGAAGAUAAAGCACAACCCCUUUGCUAAAGCCUUCCUGGAUGCCAAAGAAAGGAGCGACCACAAAGACGUUCCUGAUCACAGCGCAGACAGUCAACAGUCCGGCUACUCUCAACUUGGUGGUUGGUUCCUCCCGGGCCAGUCUCCGAUCUGCCCCAGCAGCAGCCCUCCUCAGUUCAGCAGCACGGCGGGCCACUCCUCCAGCUCCUACUGCGAGCGUUACUCCAGCCUGAGGAGCCACAGAGCGGCCCCGUACCCCAGCCACUACCCACACCGAGCCUCCAGCACGAACAACUACAUGGACAACACCUCAGGGGCUCUUCCCACUCAUGACAGCUGGUCCGCUCUGCAGAUCCCAAACUCCACCGGCAUGGGUACUCUGUCCCACUCCACCAACUCCUCCUCUAACUCCAGUCAGUACCCCAGUCUUUGGUCAGUAGCUGGCACCACCCUCACCCCUUCAGGCUCCGCUUCAGGCUCCAUACCCGGAGGUCUGACAUCCCAGUUCCUGAGGGGCUCCUCCUACACCAGCCUGACCUCCUCUCUGCCCGUCUCCUCACCCACUUCCAUGUAUGACCCCAGCCUGAGUGAAGUCGGGGUCGGGGAUGCCCAGUUUGAGAGCUCCAUCGCCAGGCUGACGGCUUCCUGGGCGCCUGUGGCACAGAGCUACUGAACAACAGUGGAAACUUUAGGACUAAAGACAUGAAUGGAACCUCCUGGAGAAGAUUUGGAGACAUCACAAGACCUGAAAGGAUCCUGCGUGUCUCCUUUUGAUGCUCACAUUAGUCAUUCCAGAGCCUCUCAUUAAAACGACAGUCAGGCUCCAAGUUAAAGGAGAAUCAUCUCUCUCCGUACGGGACAAUAUCACAUGAGACUAAAACUCUUCAAAGACGAUACGGUUAAACUCCUCUUCGCUCUUAUAGGUCCCAGCGUGUUCAUCACACAUUCUUAAAUUCCUUUAGCUCCUGAAACUCAACCCAACAAUCCUUGAAUUUUUUAUUUCUACAUAUAUGAGAUGAAAUAUGGAUCUGCUAACAAUAAUGUGUAUAUGUGUGUAAAUAGAAUAAAUUAACGUCCAGUGUUCUCAGUUUAAAUGUGCCUUUACUGAUGCAAUAAAUAUUCCAAGAAUCACAUGUGCCUUCUGAAUCAAACACC